AUGGAAACUCGUUCUCAUACUUUGAUGGGGCUUGCAACAUACAUUACAGGAGAAGGAGCAUUUUGUGCUUCACUUAUGUUGGAUGACAUUACUGUAGGAUAUUAUAAUUCAGUAACAAAGAUCUAUGUUGCAAGAGGGAAUGAUACAAAUGAAGAUGAUGUCAUAGCUCCAAAUUACCUCAAGAUUGUAAGUUACGAAGUUCAUCAGGUGAUGGGUCUUUGUGAACAGAGUGACAAUAAACAUGGACAUAUAAUAAGCAAAACUGCUUACAGAGGCUCAGCGUUUGAUGAGCGUUUUUUCGAUGGCAAUUUCACAUAUCAGGUAUUUUCAAAUUACACACAGUCAGAAGUAAACCACAAAUUAGAAUUGUCCAAGCAGCUUCAUGAGAAGGUGUAUUACCCUGCCUGCAUAAAAACACUGAAGAAUUACCUUAAAAAGAGAGAAACUCAACUAAGCAGAAAAGUAAAGCCCAGAGCCAGACUCCUCCAGAAAGCAAACUCAGAUUCUGGAGGGUCUCGUGUGAGUUGUUUGGCAACAGGAUUUUACCCUCGUCACAUCAACCUGACUCUGUUCAGAGACGGGCAGCCUGUAUCUGAUCAUGAGAUCACUGGAGGAGAUCUGCUGCCCAAUGAUGACGGGACGUACCAGAUGAGGAAGAGUCUGGAGAUCAGAGCUGAAGACAAACACACAUACACCUGCUCUGUCACACACCUCAGUCUGGACAACAAACUGGACGUCACUUUGGAGCUUGAACACGGGGAACCAUUUAAAUCAGUGAUUCCUUCAGUUCUGACUGUUUUGGCUCUGGUGUUGGUGUCUGGAGCUUCAACUGCAGUAAAGAGAAUCGGAACCAGUUGA